ACUUCGUGUUCCAAAGUCUAUCUAAUCUAACUAAUAAAUUAUUUAACAUAACAGUUUCGCGCUCCAGAUUGUUCGCAGUCUACAGCGUAAUAAUAAAUAAUGUCGCUGUCUGAGGCGUAUGGCGAACAAGUGGACGCGAAUUCAGCGCUGAUGGAGCUUGACAAAGUGCAGCUUUACAACACACGUGUAUCUGUUUACUGAACAACUUUCUAUGGCUCUGUGUGCUGAAGGUCACACAGCUGAGUGAGAAACACCUGGAGAAGAUUCUGAACGUGGAUGAGUUCAUCAAAAGAGUGUUUUCUGUCAUUCAUGGCAAUGAUCCUGUGGCCAGAGCAAUAACCCUCAGGGAUUUUGCUGCAGGAAUUUGCAACAAGAUUAGCGAGAUGAUUCAAGGACUGGACACUCCAGUGGAACUGAAGCUGAAGUUGAUUCCCAUGCUACAACAUAUGCACCAUGAUGCCUGUCUGGCAUCCUGCAGCAGGGAGUUACUUCAAGAGCUGGUGUCCUCCUACCCCUCCACACCUAUGCUCAUCGUCACCCUGCACACCUUCACCCAGCUGGCCACCUCCUCACUUAUCGAUAUCCCCGAGCAGGGUCUAUAGCCAUAAACACUGCGUUUUUAUGAUGCUGUGCCAAGUGAACCCCAAAAAAGCAGUGAAAAGACUCGCCAUUCAGGACCUCAAGCUUUUGGCUAAAAAAGCUCCUCAUUUAUGGACCAGAAAGAACAUACAGAUUCCUCUUGAUUCCAAGAUGAAUGAGAUUGAACAGAAGGUGGAGCCUCAUAAUGAUUACUUCAGCACACAAUUCCUGCUGAACUUCUCCAUCCUGGGCACCCACAUUGUCUCUGUGGAGGCUUCACUUGUAGACACCAGUGGGAUUGAAUGGAAGACAGGACCAAAAACCACUGUAUCGGUAAAGUCCCUUGAAGACCCUUACUCCCAGCAGCUGCGCCAUCAGUUACAGGAGCAGCAGACUGGGCCUCAGCCAGGCCCUCAGAGGAACAUCUGUGCCCGCUUUCAAUGACCGCUGAUCCUCAUGAACUUCUUACUGGUUAAAUACCACUGUUCUCUACUGUUUUUGUACUAGUGAGUAAAUGGCAGAAUUGUAUUACUUUUUCAACUUUGCUUGGCUUGAUAAUGUUUUUCUAGUGUAUUCCAUCUUAAAUCUUUGUGAAAAUGCUUAACAAAAUACUUAGGCUCAAAACAAAUGCAUGCAUUUAAAUUAACCUUGAGUAAAGGUCUUCUGUUACUUGUUUUUUUACUCUGCUAUGGUGGAUCAUGUCAGUAAAAACAUACGACUUGUGUGCUAUGUUUCAAGUCCUCUGAAGCCCCACAACUUGUGAGAAACAGAUCAAAUUUAGUUCCAAGUCAAUGUUCAAUGAUAAUUUUCCCCUCCCGGGUAGUGAAGCAUGGCAAACUAUGUCAGUUCAUGGUGAGGAAGAUGUAGGGUGGCCCAUAACCGUCUGCUAGCAUAAUAUCACUAGCCAAAAUGGUAGUAUGACAUUAAACUUAGAUAAGCUGCUGGUAGUGCUAAUUAAUGCGGUCUGAAGGGCAAUUAGUCAAGAAAAAAUGCACUAGCUAGUAUGGUGGUGAACACUGAAAAUUUAACCCUCCUUCACAGCAAGCACCAGGGAAGAUAAGGAAGACGACGUCCAAGUUGUAAAACCGGGCAAAGGUGUGAGGGAAGCCCAACCAGUGACCAAGCAGAUGUCCUUCAGGGACAAGCACUUAGACCACGCCUAGGAGGAGGCCAUACUUCUGGUAGAGUAACCUUUAACUCCCAUAGGACAUUUUUUGCCUUGCGAAUCGUGUGCGAGCACAAUAGCAUCUGUCAACCUUGUUUGACUCGUACAUUCAAUGUAAAUGUGUAGCGCCCUCACAGGGAAGUGCAUGUGCAGCUUCUGAGUCUCAUCUGAUGUGGAAGGAGGAGGGAAGAAAUCCUGUAAGAUAACCACCUGAGACAUGAAAGGAGUGGCCAAAACCAUGGGCACAUAACCUUUCCUAGGCUUGAGAAUAAAUUCAUCUGACUACAAGCCCGGUCCAAACUCCAAGCUAGAGUUGUUGACGAUAUGUCCAGAAGAUCCCCGAUGCAUUUAACUGAAGCCAAUGCAAGACGAAGUGCAGUCUUUAAAGAAAGCCCUCGAAUGGGGGACCUGUAAGCGCCUUUAGCACAAGCGCUAAAUCCCAGACCAUAAUGGUAGCAGGACAAGGGGGCCUCAGCUGCCAUGCAUCUCACAAAAAUUUUAUGACCAAUGGGUGUUUGCCUACUGACAAACCACCAAUGGGGUCACGGCCAGUCGCUAUAACAGCAACAUUGGAGCAUGGAUGGAGUGAGUCCUGCAUCCAAACGCUCCUGCAGGAAGUGAAAUGUUGACUGCACAGGGUGAUGUGCCAGGUUUACACCUAGAGAGAAACACCAGUCAGCAAAAAUUCACCAUUUAUGGCAUAUAACCGCCUCUUAGAGGGGGCUCUGGCCUGUAAUAUAGUGUUGAGCACUGGCUAUGGCAUCCCAUCUGUUUCAAACGAACGUGAAGCUUCUACAAUUCUGGACGCGGAUACCAGAUUGUGCUUCUCUCUUGCUAGAGCAAUCUGUGAGCUGGAGCAUCCAAGCCCAGCAGAGCGUGAGUCAUGGAGUACCAGAGGCAACAAUGCGUGUCACCUUGGAGGCAAACAGGUCCAUCUCGGCUUCCCCGAACAGUUCCCAAAUCAUCCAAACUGUCUGAAGAUGAAGUCUCCAUUCCCCCUGUGUCACAUCCUGACAUGAAUACAUAUCUGCGCCACAGUUCAUGUGACCAGGGAUGUGCGUUGCAUGUAUCAUAAGGAUAUGCUUCUAGCACCAGAGGA